AUGGCCAAUUACGCUGAUUAUUUGGCACAUUUUAAUUACACGGUAGAAUUCAAACCAUCAAAAGCUAAUGCAAAUGCAGAUUAUUGUUCAAGAAUUCCUGGAUCUUCCCUGAAGGAGGAAGAAAUUGCAAGUAUUGAUGAAUUCGAUCAAUUCGCAAUUCACCAAAUUGCUCAAUUGCCAGUUAAGGCUGAAACGAUUGCAAAAGAAAUAAAAAAAAUUCAGAAUCUUGGGAGAAUUGUUCAGUUGCUUUCCGGUGGCCAGGACUUCAAUCGCCAUGGAUACAAACCUCCAGAGAAUAGCUAUACUUUGUCACGUGACUGGGUAAUGUUUGAGCAUCGAGUGGUAAUACCACCCUCACUUCGUCAGGCUAUUCUAAAAGAUCUCCACACAGCCCACAUUGGCAUGGUUAAAAUAAAAGGACUGGCACGUAUAUUCGUGUAUUGGCCAGGGAUAGAUGCUGACAUUGAGGAUUCGGCCAGAACUUGUACCGAGUGUGCAAAGCACGCUCACAACCCACCGAAAUUUCGAGAACAUCACUGGGAGUAUACAAAAGGACUAUGGAAGUGCAUCUACAUUGACUACGCAGGACCUUUAGCAAACAAAAUGCUGCUAAUCAUCGUCGAUGCAUACAGCAAAUGGAUUGAAGUCAAAACAACAAGCUCAACUACAAGCGCAGCAACUACAGCUAUACUAGACGAAUUAUUCGCUACAUAUGGAUCCCCUGUUACUGUUGUUUCUAAUUGUGGGAGGCAGUUUGACUCAGAAGAAUUUAAAAAUUUCCUGCAGCAAAACGGAGUCAAAUACCAUAAGUUGACAGCCCCGUACCACCCUGAAACCAAUGGCCAGGCUGAAAGGUAUGUUCAGACUGUCAAGGAGGCACUGAUCAGGAUGAGAUCUACUCCAGGCUCAUUGCAGCAAUAUUUAAGUGCAUUUUUAAGGCAGUAUAAAAAGGCUCCUCACUUGACAACGAGUCAACCACCAGCACAGCUUUUCUUGGAGCGGCUGCCUCGCACACGACUGGAUUUGGUGAGACCUGACUCAGUGCCCGUACGAGUCACGGAGAAGCAGCAAGCGAAAUUUAAUCCAGCGUUUCGAGUGUUCCAAGAAGGACAGCACGUAUUCUUUCUAUCCAACAACACUCGAGCAGAUAAAUGGAUACCUGGACUCAUUACAUGCAAAAUAGGCGACUUGAAUUAUGAGAUUGAAUAA